AAUAUCUCUCGUUUCUCCCAUGCACUUUUUCAUCUCAUUUGUUUGCUUUCUCAAUUCCUUUCCCUCUUUCUUCCUUUUUCCCCCCUUUCUUUAAUACUCUCUUUUGUCCAUUUCUAUUCUGGAAAGAUGCAUAGCAUUAGCAUGCAUAACCAUCACCAGCUUCCUUGUUUGCAUUGCCACCCUCAUAGCUAUAUCAGAACUGUUCAGCAUCUGAUAGAGAGGUGCUUGCUCCUUCGCAUGAGCAGAGACCAAUGCAUAAAGGCACUAGCUGAGCAUGCCAGAAUAUGGCCCCUUGUCACACUUACUGUGUGGAGAGAGCUACUAAAAGAGAAUCGGGAAUUCUUUCAAGCCUAUUUUCAUGCUAUAUCUCCCAGGCCUUGCAUGAGGAGACAAUUUUACAAGGCACCGAGGUUUGCAAGAAGGAAACAGUAUUGGAAGUAAACCAUAAGAAUCUUACCCUAUGUGAAGUACAAAUCUAUCAUGGAACCCAAAUAUUAGUGACAUAUAAAUUAGCUAGGCCGGCAUUGAGACAGUAUCAUGAAAAUUAGAUGUGAUAGUUUAUGGAUCUUGUUCAUGUACAUUAGCAGCUAGGUAUGAUAAUUUUUCUUCAUAAUCUUGCUGUUCUGUAAUAUUCCAGGACAUCAAGAACUUCUUCCAGCAAGUGUAUUAGUUCCUAAUGGAAACUAAAGCAAAUUUAUCUCUAA